AUGGAUGUAAUAAACAAGACCCAGGUGAAGGACUUUGUGCUUUCUGGACUAACUGACAAUGGUAAACUUGCCCCAUUCCUCUUCAUACUCUUCUUACACAUUUAUAUGGUGACAAUACUGGGAAACAUUGGCAUGAUGGCAAUUAUUUAUAGCAGCACAACUCUCCAUACUCCAAUGUACUUCUUCCUGAGCUACCUCUCUCUGGUGGAUAGUUUUUUCUCCUCAGUCAUAACUCCUAAAAUAAUGCACGACCUCAUUUCUGUAAAUAAGUCCAUCUCAUUCAGUGGCUGUGCCCUGCAGUUUUACUUCUUUGCUGCCCUGGCAUCUACUGAGUCUCUUCUUCUCUCCAACAUGGCAUAUGACCGAUAUGCCGCUAUCUGCCACCCACUCCACUAUGUGUCAAUAAUGACUAAGAAGAAAUGUCUAUCUCUUGUUUUCCUUGCAAUCUCUAUUGGCUUCUUGCAGUCAUCAGUGCAGACCAGUUGUGUGUUCAGUCUUGAGUUCUGCAGAUCAAACCUUAUAGACCAUUUCUAUUGUCACACACCUUUAUUACUCAGACUGUCCUGCUCUGACACGUUCUCCUGUGACAUGAUAACUGUUUUCUUUAUAGGUGCUUGUGGCUUCUAUUCAUUGGUGAUUAUCCUGGUCUCAUACAUGCUCAUUAUUUCUUCCAUCCUAAGGAUUAAAUCUGCAGAGGGCCGUCAGAAAGCAUUCAGCACCUGCUCCUCACAUCUCAUCUGCAUCUGCAUCUUUUUUGGGACAGGUAUGUCCACUUACUUACGCUCACCUUCCAGGGAUUUUGAGAAAUUAGACAAGGUGUCUUCUGUCCUUUGUUCAGUGGUGACACCAAUGCUGAACCCACUGAUAUACAGCCUGAGGAACCAAGAGGUGAAACGCAUCAUUAUGCGAGCAGUGCACAAUCUUACUGAUGUACUGAAGACAUAA